AUGGCACCACAUGCAGACGACCGCUCAGGCGGCACCUCUUCGGCCGCGGCCGGCUCCCGGUUCCAUGCCGCUUCCACGGACGCCGCAAUCUCCGCCGAGAACGAAUACGCCGCCCACAACUACCACCCCUCCCUCGCUGUGAACCAGGGCCAUUGCCACCCCGAACUAGUCAAGGCGCUCUGUGAUCAGGCCGGCAGACUCACGCUGAGCUCUCGAGCUUUCUACAAUGACGUAUUCCCUAAGUGGGCCGAGCUUGUUAAGGAUACCUUUGGCUAUGACAUGGUCUUACCCAUGAAUACCGGAGCGGAGGCAGUCGAAACCGCUAUCAAAAUUGCGAGGAAGUGGGCGUACAAGAUGACCGCCAUUUCGCUUUCGAACGAUCCAGAGUCGCGAGACAACUAUGGGCCCUAUGUGCCAAACAUCAGCUGCACAAUUCCUGCCACCGGAAAGACCAUCCGCUACAACAGCGUUGAUGACAUCGAGGAAGCUCUCGAGAGUCACGGCAAGGACACGGCUGCCUUCAUCAUCGAGCCCAUUCAGGGCGAGGCAGGCGUUGUCGUGCCGGACGAAGACUAUCUCGCACGAGUCCACGAGCUUUGCAAGAAGAACAAUGUCCUACUCAUCUGCGACGAGAUUCAAACCGGUAUCGCGCGGACGGGAAAGGCCAUUGCCGGCGGAAUGUACCCUGUCAGCGCUGUUCUCAGCCGCAAAGAGAUCAUGCUGGUUGUUGAGCCCGGCACCCACGGGUCCACUUUUGGUGGAAACCCUCUCGGCGCAGCGGUAUCUAUUCGCGCACUUGAGCUUGUCAAAGAAGAGAACAUGGCUGCUAGGGCAGACAAGUUGGGCCGUCUCUUCCGCGAGACCAUUACCGCCUUGAACUCGCCCAUUGUGCAGACCGUCCGCGGAAAGGGUCUUUUAAAUGCCGUUGUGAUCGAUGAGUCCAAGGCCAAUGGCAGGACAGCCUGGGACCUUUGCAUUUCGCUAAAGAACAGAGGCAUUCUUGCCAAGCCUACUCACGGCAACAUCAUUCGCUUUGCACCCCGCUGGUGA